AUGGAAUCCCCAACAUUGGUGGUCAUGAUCGCCUUCUGCUUGCCGUUGAUUUCGAUCAUGAUCCUUGGAGAGUUCUCUACAGCUCGAGAACUACGACCGGCCGAUCACGGACUACAGAACCAAGGAUUCCAGGAGCUGGCGCCGGAGACCAAACAAUUCUUCGGAGCGUCAACACCGUCGACGGAAUCGCCCAAUGUGGCAUUGCCGAGGGGUAUGAGUUCAGACAAUUCGACGCCUUGGUUAAUCGGCGGCGAUGGAGGUGGAAAUGAUCACUUGAGGCAUGCGAUGCUGGUGGCGAGCUUGGUGUGUGGGGUCACAGGUUUCAAUUAA